AUGAACACACCUGGCGCCACACACCAUCAAAAGUUUGAGAGCAAAAUGAUGGACUUGAGAGUAGGUAAAAAAUACAGAAUUGGCCGCAAGAUCGGCUCCGGCUCGUUCGGUGACAUUUAUCUCGGAACAAACAUCAUCUCGGGUGAAGAGGUCGCCAUCAAGUUGGAAAACAUCAAAGCUAAGCACCCACAAUUGGAAUACGAAGCCAAGGUCUACAAGGCCUUGAGCGGCGGUGUAGGCAUUCCGUUUGUUAGAUGGUACGGCACUGAAUGCGACUACAACGCCAUGGUGAUCGACCUCUUGGGCCCUUCUCUUGAGGACCUUUUUAACUACUGCAACCGUAAGUUUACCUACAAAACUGUCUUGCUUUUGGCAGACCAGCUCAUUUGCAGAAUCGAAUACAUCCACGCCCGCUGCUUCAUCCACAGGGAUAUUAAACCCGACAAUUUUUUGAUGGGUAUUGGCAGACGCGGCUCUCAAGUCAACGUCAUCGACUUUGGCUUGGCUAAAAAGUACAGAGAUCCUAGAACCCACUUGCAUAUUCCUUAUAGAGAGAACAAAAAUUUGACCGGAACUGCCAGGUACGCUUCUGUGAACACACACUUGGGUAUCGAGCAAUCCAGAAGAGAUGACUUGGAGUCACUUGGAUACGUUCUCAUUUACUUCUGCAGAGGUUCUUUGCCUUGGCAAGGCUUGAAAGCAGCAACCAAAAGACAAAAGUAUGAUCGUAUUAUGGAAAAGAAGAUGACUAUACCUAAUGAUGUGUUGACAAAGGGUUUACCUGUUGAGUUCUUAGAGUACAUGAACUACGUCAAGAACUUGCGCUUUGACGACAAACCUGAUUACGGUUAUUUACGGAAGUUGUUCAGGGAUUUGUUCAAGAGAGAAAACUACAGAUAUGACUACGUUUUCGACUGGACCUUAUACAAGUUCCAACAGCAGGAGCGCCAAAAGGAGUACAAAGUUGCCGAUGGCCAAAUCGACCAACUCCAGCCUCCUCCACAAACGCAAACUCAACAACCCCAACUUCAAAGUCAACACAAGCUUCAGCAACUGCAACUCCAACCUCAACAGCAGCCUCAACUUCGUCAACAAUUCCAACAUCAACCACAGCAGCAACAACAAUCGCAGCUCCACCAACAACCACAGCACAAUCUUGGUCAAUUACAGAAGCAAAUACCACAAUUGGGUCUACAACAACAGGGUCUUCCCAUUGUACGCCAAGCUCUCGAUGGAAAGCAGGAAUUGAAUGCUUCUAUGGCUCAGGGUGGCUUCCAACAGGGCGCCCGUGCUGCUGCAACUGGAAACAACCAGAACGCCAUGUUUGACGAGUCAGCCUGGAACAAAACUUCUGACUAUCCAGAUUAUGAAUCCAAGAACAACCCAGCUUGGAUUUAA